AUGGAUGCCAAAGACGACGAGGGGGACGUGAAGCUCCAGAAGGAGUCGGCCGAUCUCAUCGCCGAAUUUGAACGCACACUGCCGACCUUCCUUUAUAAGCCCGAUGGCCAUGGCGGAACUCGCCUCCGGACCCGUGUGCGGGCGUGGGAGACUUUCAGAUUGGAUCAAUCGAUUCUCUCUCCGUUCCAAGAGCUACCUCAACUUCUGGACCCUCAUCUGGCCAAGUUCGUCCACACGCUUUCGGACGCCUAUCUCCAGUCGCUCACGUCCCGGGGCCGCACCGGCGCCGUCCUGAUUCGCGGAGAGAAAGUCAUAGUACGCUUCCUUAGCUCCGAGACCAAGUGCCUGGAACACUUGUUAUCCGCCCUCGAAGAAGCCGAGCAAAUUCCUAGUGAUCCCGAGAACCCCAACGGGCUCCUUCAAUGGACGUGGCAGGAAAGGUACAUCACGCUCCUUUGGCUGUCCCAUCUUCUGUUCGCGCCCUUCGAUCUCGCCUCCAUUUCGUCGGUUGAUCUUAAUGAGGUUUCUGUGCCGGCCGUCCCUGGCCUGAACUGGCCGCCGAAUCUCCCGGGAAUCACUCUGAGACUCCUUCCGUUGGCCUUCAAAUACCUCUCGUCGCCAGGAAGGGAGCGCGAUGCUGCGAAGGCCUUGCUUGUGCGAAUCUCUAUGCGGUCCGAUAUGCAAAAGCUGGGUCUCCUGGAUGCCUUGGUAAAUUGGGCUCUUUGGGUUCUACGACCCACCAAUGAACCCCUAACAGAGUCCACGUACCAUUUUAUCGGCGUGCUUUCUUACCUUGCUGGCAUUCUAAGGUCUUCGAUGGACACGUCGGAUAUGGACAAGUACCUCAUCCGUAUCUUCCAUGCCAUAAACUCGGUUACGACUGGCGGCAGGGACUGUCCAAAUUUUGAGGCGAUUAAUGGCUCUGCCUUCGCAAGGAAGAUCAUGAUCAAAGUUAUGCGCUCGGCUGCAGUGUUGAUUCUCCGGCAGGAACCGCAGACGCUCCAGGGAACCGAGUUGGUUGAGGCUUGCAUUGGCUCACUGCUUGAAAAGCUGUCUGAUAACGAUACACCCGUUCGUUUCGCUGCCAGCAAGGCUUUGAGUGUUAUCACUUUACGCCUUGAUCCGGAUAUGGCAUCUCAAGUUGUUGAAGCUGUUUUGGACUCGUUGAAUCGCAGAGUGGUCUGGCUCAAGGAUCCGCUGAAUCCAGAGGGCAAACUAACUCGUGAUCUAUCUUCCGUUGAUCCGCUAGAGUGGCAUGGACUAAUGCUGACCUUAUCGCACCUACUCUAUCGCCGCUCUCCUCCCCCAGACCAACUAUCUGACAUCGUCCACGCGCUCCUACUAGGUCUCUCGUUUGAACAGAGAAGCACCUCCGGUGGGUCUAUUGGAAGUAACGUGCGUGACGCCGCUUGCUUUGGCAUCUGGGCCCUCGCUAGGCGGUACACUACGCAAGAGCUGCUCGAAAUCCCCAUUGAGUCUGUCUUCGCCGCCAAAUCUCACCCUGCACAUUCAACAAUUCUUCAGGUACUUGCAACGGAACUUGCGGUGACAGCGUCUCGCGAUUCGGCCGGCAACAUUCGACGAGGUUCCUCGGCCGCCCUCCAGGAGCUCAUUGGCCGGCAUCCAGAUACCAUCGAAGAGGGCAUCGGGCUCGUACAAGUUGUUGAUUAUCACGCGGUUGCGUUGCGGUCCAGGGCUCUCCACGAAGUUGCCAUUCAAGCAACGAAUCUAUCAAGCCGCUAUGGCGAAGCGCUUUUGGGCUCUCUCCUUGGAUGGAGAGGUGUGGGCGAUGCAGAUGCUGCUGCCCGACGCGCUGCUGGUACUUCAUUUGGCGCCAUUACUUUCCAACUCGCGUCGCUCAAUCCCCCCGCUGCGCUUCGACGUUUGGGUGACUCUGUCGACACUCUCCUCCACCACCUAAAGAAGCUUCAGCCACGCCAAGCUGAAGAGCGGCACGGUCUUCUCCUAUCACUCGCUUCUGUAUUCGACAGGAUUCCUGAUACCUUGGCACUCCUCUCUGAAAAGAACGCGCUGGAUCUAAAUGGGCUCCGGGAUCUCCUUCGUAAGAUGGUAACAAGCAUGCUCGACAUCCUUGGUAUUCUUAAAAGUUCAGCACUUCGCCGCCAAGAGCUGGCUGCGGAAGCUGCAAGCCGGCUAGUUAUCUCGUCGAUACCAAUCUUCCAGGCGGCCAUUCUUUCAAGACAGCGGGAAUGGAAGGAUAAUGCAGGAACAAAUACCUUAUAUAUUGGUGAAUCUCUUGUCGGUAAAGAGAUUAACGGAGACCUAUUGGACGUUAUGACGAUCUUCGACUCUGAAGACCUUGCCGAAAGAGAGUCGCAAGCCUUGGUCUCUGCUUUGGGCGACAUCAUACCGUCAUGGCUAGAACUAGUAGACGAAGAAUCGGAAGAACUAGUGGACGCAAUCCCGAGGGCUGCGCUCGUUUCCCUUGUUCUCUCGCGCCCAAGUGAUCGGGCGGAGAAGGUCCGGGAAUGGGCAGAGCUUGUGAAGGUGCACUCCUCCAAACUCCACGAUGCUACAGGAUAUUUCCAUGCCAUCGCGAUGGCAUAUCCCAUCUGCUCCGCGACGGGUAUGCAGGGGAUUGAUGCCGCCAACCUGGUUUGCGAUUCUUUGUUGCAAAGGUGGGCAACGGAGAAGGAUCUCGAAGUGAAGUCGUCUCUCCUGAGCAGCUUGACACAGAGCAACAUUCUGCGAAAGGAGCCGCGCCGCUUCCUCGGGUUGCUCAUGGAGGGAUUAAAUGAUUAUACUGCCACGUCUCGCGGAGACAUUGGAGCGUAUUUACGCGGCGGUUCCUUGAAAGCCACUAGGACCAUGUGGCAGUCCAUAGCUCACGCGACCCCUAGUGACCAUGAAUGGCUCCAAAGGACCGUGUCCGCGCUCUUCCUCAGCGUGCUGCGCCUGGCCGCCGAAAAAUUAGACAGGGUCCGAAACGAAGCCCACAAGACGCUGGCCCUUCUUCUGCAUCCUGACUAUGUGGAUACUUUCAAAUCAUAUACCUCAUCCUCUUCUAAAUACCUGGAGUUCCUGCUACGAAUGUCAGAGACCGACUGCCUCUUGCCGCUCAUCUCGGACACUGCGAAGGCUGACCAGUCGGCGUGGAUGUGUGAGCUGCUAGCGGGUUAUGUGACAUCCGCAGACACAGGAAACGAGACUCUCGUAAUCACGAGCAGGGCGGUACUCUGCGAAUUCUGCGAGGAGUCCCAAGAAAAGCUCGACAUGGUCUGCAGGGCCCUCAUGCGGAAUCUAAGGGAUCAUCAAGGACAGGAUCGCCUGCUAACCCCGACGCUCGAGAUUGUCUCCUUCCUCCUCAACGUAGGCCUCAUGCAGCGAUCGGGCGAGGUAGAUGCGCGUACUCUCGCGUCCCUGAUGCAGAAGUCGGCCUACAAGAGUAGCAAUGUGCGGAAGAUUGAAACGUGUACCAAGGUCUACGGUGGGAUUGCGCGCUUGGAAGAGGAAGAUAGGAGUCAGGUGAGGAUGAAGCGGGUGGAGGAAGGUAUCGUGGAAUCGAAGAAGAGAUUGGGGGCUAUGCUAUACCAUCCUUGGCCACGGGUACGGACUUAUGUUGUUGAUGAGUUGUGGAGCAUCUUUGCGGAAGAAGAAGAUGAGGAGGGUGAGGAUGUUUCGUUGGCGGCCGAGUUGAAGGGGAUGGACUGGGGAAGAGCGCCGAAGGAUGUUGUCAGGAGAGUGGUAGAGAAGCUGGGUAUUGAAACUACAUAG